AUGCAGCCCUACGACCGCCGCGGGGACGUAUCGCCCGUCGAAGGACCAAGCUCGCAGUUUCCACCGCCGCCGCCCGCCCACCGCACUCCCGUCGGCAUGCACCCGGGCACCAACUACAGCCAGAUGCAGAGCCAGCGCCAGUACGGCGCAGACCCGAACAACUACUCCAACUACUCGCCGCCGGGCAUCACACCCGGGGCGGACAAUCUGGGAGAGGGCGCCGCCGGCGGAGGUAUCAACGGAAUUGCCCUCGGAGUCGCGCACACGCACGAGCGAGACAGCGGAGUGCAGGCAAUGAGGGAUAUGAAUAACCGCAGUAAUGACGCACCUAUGGGGGUGCCAGAGCAAAGACAUCAACCAGCUACGCCCUUCUCCGACCAGUACGCAUACGACCAGCCCAUGCCUCCGCGACCGAUACACUCGCAGCCCUCGUAUGGAUCCAAUGCCCCCCUCGCCGCUACCUCCAUUGCACCUGCAGGCAUGUACUCGAGCAACAGCUCGCAGCAGAGCAUGUCGGGUCUCUCGUCGCCGCCGCAGAAUGCCUACCCCUACUCGGACAGCCCCUACAACCGCUACUCCUCCUCGAACCUGAACCUCGCGCCGCAGAUGGGCGAGAUCAACCCCCAAGAUGUUGCCGACGAUGACGACUGGGGCAUGACGCCAGCACAGCAGAAGCGGAGAUCUUUUGUGCCGUUUGGCUCGGGGAGCCGCGAUGGGACGCCUCCUGCUACUGCCGGAGCGGCCGCCGGUGCCGGAGUACUAGCCGCAGAUGGCGCCACUCGAGAUGCAAGCGGCCAAUACAACGCUGUGCCCACGGGUGACGGCAGCCAGCCUGAGCUGGUGCGGGAAAAGUCAGACUGGCUCGACCGACAGAACCACGGCAGGAAACGUCUCACGUGGAUUGUCGGCUCGGUAAUAGCCCUCGUCAUCAUCGGCGCCAUUAUCGGAGGCGUGCUCGGCUCUGUGCUGCACAAGGGCGGUGGCUCGGGAGGAGGAAGCAGCAGCGAGGACGCCGCGAAUGCCGUUGAGCAAGACAACAAGGACGACUUGGAUAUCAACUCGAGCGAGAUCAAGAAACUGAUGAACAACAAGAAUCUGCACAAAGUCUUCCCGGGCAUGGACUACACUCCGCUAAACGCACAGUACCCCGAAUGCAUACAUGUCCCGCCCUCGCAGAACAACAUCACCCGCGACAUGGCCGUCAUGUCGCAACUAACAAACGCGGUGAGGCUGUACGGUACCGACUGCAACCAGACGGAGAUGGUGCUCCAUGCCAUUGACAAGCUGGAGCUGACCGACAUGAAGGUCUGGCUCGGCGUGUGGCUAGGAAACAACGACACCACCAACGAGCGCCAGGUCUCGCAGAUGUGGGAUAUCUUCGAUAAGCACGGCGGCGACAAGUUCAAGGGCGUCAUUGUCGGCAACGAAGUCCUCUACCGCGAGGACCUCACAGAGACCGAGCUCCUCAAGUUCAUCACCGACAUCAAGUCGAAUCUGACGAAGCAGAGCAUCGACCUCCCUAUCGCCACCUCGGAUCUCGGCGACAAUUGGACAGCGGAUAUGGCGAGUAAAGUAGACAUCGUCAUGUCCAACGUUCACCCUUUCUUCGCCGGCGUCGAAGUCAGCAAAGCCGCCGGAUGGACGUGGAGCUUCUGGCAGACCCACGACGUCGUCCUCACCCAGAGCGAUACCAGCAUCAAGCAAAUCGUCGCCGAAGUCGGAUGGCCAUCAGGAGGCGGCAACGACUGCGGCGGGUCAGACUGCACGUCGUCGACACAAGGCUCCAUCGCCGGUAUCGACGAGAUGAACUCCUUCAUGGAGGACUGGGUCUGCCAGAGCAUGAAGAACGGGACUGAGUAUUUCUGGUUCGAAGCCUUCGACGAGCCCUGGAAGGUCCGCUACAACGAGCCCGGCAAAGAGUGGGAAGACAAAUGGGGCCUCAUGGACAUCGACCGCAACCUGAAGAAGGGCGUCACGAUCCCCGACUGUGGCGGCCAGACAGUCUCAUCAUAG